AUCAACUACGGCACAUGGCAGAGUAGGAAGCGUUUUUGCAGUGGAGUAAACUGAAUGGCUGCUGGUCUCGGAGCGCUGGUCACGGCUGGAGCGCGAAAGAGAUCCCGAGCUACUUCACACGGCCGUCUUUCCCAGGAGUCGGCCCAGCAAGUCUGAUUCUCCGUGCUAAGCGAAGGAGACAGGGCCGCGCCGGACGCUUUACAGCCGCCGCCUGUACGCUGAAGAACCGCUACUGCCCCUGAAAAGACGUGUCUACGACGCAUCUCGAGCGUCGAUCUUCGAUUCAACCAGUGAGCGAGGGACAGGAAAAGCUUUGCCGUUGCAUCUCUUCGAUACGGGCAGAGAUAGGGAGAGAGAGAAGGGGCGAGCGAGAAGAAAGCUAUGCGCGUGUGGAACCACCCGUGCUCUGGCCCAGGUUAGUCUCCGCGUAUAUGCCUUCGCAGUACCCUAGCGACUCCCAGCAAGAAGGCCGGGGUAGUAGCGAAACAAAGAUGGUGAGCGUGGCCAACUCUCCGCACGUUGUCCGUGGAAAGUCGGCGCCGACGACUCGAGAACCGGGGAAAGAGGCGAAAGCAAAGGUCUCAGGGAAGACGCUACAAAACGGCGGAGUGCCCCACCUCAUUUUAGUCAAGACUCCCCAUCCUAGACCUUCAAACGCGGUCGUUCACCGCGCGUCCCCUUCCCCGCCGCCGCCCGCCCCUCAAAAUCACCACUCGCCUUCGUCCGCGGACGACGACGCCGUUCGCGGAGAGCCCGCCCCAGUCCGGACAUCCAUUCGGACACUUGCUCAACCCACCGGGAGCGAAGACACCGGGGCGACGAGUUGCGAAGAAGCGAGAGAGGAUGGAGAGCAAAGUGUUUGUCCGCAAGUCGCUCUCUCGUACACAUCUGGAAUCCUCACCUCUCGAGCAGACAGGGUUCUUCGACGGCAGCUGUCGCUCGACGAUCGUCUGCGGAGGCUCCACGAUCGAGUGAGAGGGAGACAGGGGCGGGGAGUUUGCCGACAUGUGCACUCCCAACUCUCGUACGCAGCUGUCGCGGCAAAAGAAGGGGAGCAGAGAAAGGAGGAAGGAGAGGGAAGAGGGUUAAUUUCUCGGGCGGCAUCGAUACCCAUGCAGGUGGACGGGGCAGUAGAAGACAUCUGCGUUGACCGCAUAUCCGUUGCACGCAGCCUGAAAUUUGAAUCCUGUGACACUGCCGACCAAUCAAAACGUGACACAUCACCAACAGCAAUCAACGACGUUGUCGAAAAUUCAACCAAGAGUGUCUCAGACCCCUUAGAAUCGAAGGGGUCCACUUACAAAAACUCGCCCCUCCUAGGCAGCAGCCCAGAUUGGUCGUCUCUCGGCCAGUUUCUCAAGAACCGGUCAGGCGAGUUGGACGGGUCGGACGGGAGAAGCGAGGUCGUGGAGAGAUGGCGGCAGCAGCUGCGUGGAGCCUGCACGGGAGUGGGGGGAGGAGGGGAGAUUUGUGACCCUGGUGCCGGUGGUGAUGUAACCGACACCUCUAGCGACGAGGAAGGAGACCCUGUGCGCUUCAGUGGCCGUCAAAAGAGGCUCCGAGACGUCUGCCGAAGCUGGGAGAGAUCUCGCGGACCAAUCGGAGCCCAGUGGGCGUGGCUUCGUCACCGUAUCGCCACGAUCAACCGACAGAUUUCGCACCUCGAUGCCGCCGUGCAGAAGCAGCCGAAACAGGAGCCGUUUGUCCUCUCCCCCACGACCUCCGCGCGACCCCUCACAAACCCCACCGCCCUCUGGGGGUCGGGGGUCGAGAGGGCAAAGGUCAUGAACGGCACAAACCACACCUCCUCGAUCCCGCACCUGCUGAUCCCUGACGGAAUCCUCAACGGACCCAUCCAGGUGAAAGAUUUGCUGUCCCCAUCCCCCCUAUGCGGAAUGUCGUUUAUCCUUGACGACAUCGGAGGAUACACUAGCGCCCGUACCCGUGGCCUGCUGAAGAAACCGAAACGAAAGAUCGUCAGACUGCGACGGAGGAAGAGGGUGCGUCCAAACCACACCCCCAAACCAGUGUUGCCGAGGGAUACGCCAUCGUGGGUGUGGCUUGACGAAGGACUCCAACAUGUACUGAGGGACCAUCCGUACGCCUCCAUGCCGCAGCCCAAGAGACGUCACAGAGCCACUCUCUCCAGCAACAGAGCCAGGGUGUCCUCCCUCUCUCCCAGCCCAGGAUUAGCCGAAGUCGAUGUCGAAACCCCCCCAACUAAGAUUGCCGGUCAGAAGAGGUCGAGCAUCGAUGUCUGUCCGUACUCCCCCAGUCUCUCUCGCUCGUCCAUCACACAUCAGUACAUUCACAUCUGCACCACUCCUCUCCGUCCGCUCACUCACUCCCUCUCUUCCCCGAAAGAAGAGGCUACUGAGCCACGCCCCUUCCUACGACAUUGACAACAUAGUCAUACCGUACUCGGUUGCAGCUGCCACCAGACUUGAAAAACUAGAGUACAAGGAGGUCAUGACCCCUGGAUGGCGGCAGGUUGAAGCCACGCCCACUGACCACGCCCCCAGCUCCACCCAAAAUACAAACAUUGAGGAUUUGAGUGACGAUUGUUUCAAGAGAAGACACGACAGGUUUGAAGCCGUCGAGAAGAAACGGUUCAUGAAUUUCAUCAGUGGCAGCUCACGGAAACGUACACGCCCCUCUUCCCUCUCUUCAACCCCCGACCCCCUCUCACACAAUUCCUCGUCCUCCCCCUGGCCCCCGUCAA